GAGGAGAGGAGAGGAGGGAGGAGAAGAGAUCACACGACAGGACAGCGUCUUCAGAGGAGACGCCAGUGAGUGAGGAAGAUGAGGAUCCAACCUCCAGGCUGCAGCAGCCUCCACUUCCGCUGCGCGUAAAAUAACACAAGCGAAAAGCAACAGGAGGACGUUGACUCUGAGAAACUGCAGCAGCAGCAAUGUCACAGCUGUAUUACGGCAAAACUGACGGCUCCUUGUUCAGGGACAGCAUCCCCCUGCGGGUCGUGAGGGCCGAGUCCGAGCUCUCCUCCCUGGAGAAGGCCUACCUGGGGGCAGUCGAUAAGGGGGACUACGCCAGCGUGAAAGAGGACCUGGAGGAUGCCGAGAUUUAUUUCAGGAUCAACAUUAACUGCAUCGACCCCCUGGGACGCACGGCCUUACUCAUCGCCAUCGAGAACGAGAACCUGGAGAUCAUCGAGCUGCUGCUCAGCUAUAACGUGUACGUGGGGGACGCCCUGCUGCACGCCAUCCGCAAAGAGGUGGUGGGCGCCGUGGAGCUGCUGGUCAAUCACAAGAGGCGUGGGGACAAAAAGGUUCCACCAAUCCUGCGAGACAAGCAGUUUUCAGACUUCACCCCGGACAUCACUCCGAUCAUCCUCGCAGCCCACACCAACAACUACGAGAUCAUCAAACUGCUGGUGCAGCGAGGCGUCUCCAUCCCUCAGCCGCACAACGUACGCUGCAACUGCGUGGAGUGCGUCUCCAGCUCCGACGUGGACGUCCUGCGUCAAUCCCGCUCCCGACUGAACAUCUACAAGGCCCUCGCCAGCCCGUCCCUCAUCGCCCUCUCGAGCGAGGACCCCUUCCUCACGGCUUUCCAGCUCAGCUGGGAGCUGAAGGAGCUCAGCAAUGUGGAGAACGAGUUCAAGUCGGAGUACGAGGAGCUCUCCCAUACGUGUAAACAAUUUGCAAAAGACCUCCUAGACCAAACCCGGAGCUCUAAAGAGUUGGAGACAAUCCUCAACUACCGAGAUGACAUCAAUCCCCUGCUGGACGACAACAAUGACCUGGCAAGACUUAAACUGGCUAUCAAAUACAGCCAGAAAGAGUUUAUCGCGCAGCCCAACUGUCAGCAGCUGCUGGCGUCUCGGUGGUACGAUCAGUUCCCCGGCUGGAGGCGGCGUCACUGGGCGGCAAAGUUCCUCACCUGCAUCUUCAUCGGCCUCCUGUUUCCGCUGCUGUCCAUCUUCUACCUGAUCUCUCCAAAGAGCUUCUAUGGCUUAUUCAUCCGCAGGCCUUUCAUCAAGUUCAUCUGUCACACCGCCUCCUACCUGACCUUCCUCUUCCUGCUCUUCUUGGCCUCGCAGCACAUAUCCAAUUCACAGAAGGACUGUCAGGGCCCGCCCCCCACCAUCGUGGAGUGGAUGAUCCUGCCUUGGGUGCUCGGUUUUAUAUGGAUGGAGAUCAAACAGAUGUGGGAUAAUGGUUUCCAGGACUAUAUGGACGACUGGUGGAACCUCGUGGACUUCAUCAUGAACUCCCUGUAUCUCGCAACCAUUUCUCUGAAGCUCGUUGCCUAUAAACAGUACAGAGGGCCCAAACCCAGAGACCAGUGGGAAAUGUGGCACCCGACUCUGGUGGCAGAGGCCCUGUUCGCCAUCGCCAACAUCUUCAGCUCAUUGCGCCUCAUCUGCCUUUUCACUGCCAACUCCCAUCUGGGGCCCUUACAGAUCUCGCUGGGUCGGAUGCUCCUGGACAUCCUCAAGUUCCUCUUCAUCUACUGCCUGGUGCUUUUAGCCUUCGCCAACGGCCUCAACCAGCUGUACUUUUACUAUGAAACAGAACUGCCGUGCAAGGGGAUUCGCUGCGAAAAACAGAACAACGCCUUCUCAACGCUGUUCGAGACGCUGCAGUCGUUAUUUUGGUCCGUGUUUGGCCUGAUUAACCUCUAUGUGACCGAUAUGGGUCCGGAUCAUCAAUUCACUGAGUUUGUGGGCAGCACCAUGUUCGGCACAUACAACGUGAUCUCCCAGAUCGUGCUUCUGAACAUGCUCAUCGCCAUGAUGAACAACUCCUACCAGCACAUAGCUGAUCAUGCUGAUAUAGAAUGGAAAUUCGCAAGAACAAAAUUAUGGAUGAGCUACUUUGAAGAAGGGGGGACUUUGCCGUCUCCGUUUAACAUAAUACCCAGUCCGAAGUCAGUUUUUUAUCUGAUGAGAUGGAUAAAGAAAUUCUUAUUCAGGAGACAAUGCAAGAAAAUGCAUGAUACCUUCGAAACAUUGGGGAGACGCGCGGCUAAAAGUGUAAGAUCAAACCAUCAGUACCAGGAGGUUUUAAGGAACCUUGUGAAGCGAUAUGUCGCUGCGCUGAUCAGAGACGCCAAGACAGCAGAAGGUUUGACAGAAGAGAACUUCAAGGAGCUGAAGCAGGAUAUCUCCAGCUUCCGCUAUGAAGUCCUGGGAAUGAUGAAGGGUAAAUCUCAAGGAAGGGCAAGCUCCGCCUUGGCCUAUCCUGGAAACCCGUUCAAAUAUUCUCCCAAAUUCCCCAUUGAUGAGCCGGAACGGAAGCAGAGCAUGUUUGAAGUGGUCAUCACCGCCCAGCAGAGCGGAGCUUCCAACACCAUCGGCUCUGACAGGCUUACCAACGGUGCAGCUCUUCUGUCCCCUCCGGGACAGACUCAGGACGAGGUGUCCAAGGAUGUCUCAGACGAGGGGUCUCAUAACUUUGAAAACAUAUCAUCGUCACCGAAAGAUUCACUGGGAUCUGGGAGCAUAAUGCUAUUUCAGAUUGAGAAAGGCUUCCAGAUAAGGCAGAAGAAAAAAAAACUGCCUGGUCCCCAUGAUUCUGAUCAAGACCCAUGAAUGAACGUCUGGAUCCGCCUCUAUAUCUGAAUCUAGUUUCUAUCCUGAUUCAUGUCCUGUCCUUCCGAGUUUCAUUAAAAUCGGUGUGGAAUUUUUUGCGUAAUCCUGCUGAUAAAGAAACAGACCAACUUACAAACAAAACAUAACCAGAACAAAACAUAACAUUACAUUAAAAAGUACAUGUUAAAACGAUUUGUGGACUUUUAAAAGCUGGUACAGAUGUGAGUUUUUAGUUAAUCUUAAAUAUGUACAGAGGAUGAGCUCUUAACCUGAUUGUAGCCUUAAUGGGAAACUUACAAAACUUUGUGGUGGCUGAGGCCGCCACAAAGUUUUGUAGGUUUCCCAUUAAGGCUACAAUCAGGUUAAGAGCUCAUCCUCUGUACAGGGGACCAGGGGACAGCCAGGAACAGCUGGUAAUAACCCAGAGUGUCUGAGUCAUCUGGAAGUGGACAGGAGCUCAGAGACGUGUUAAUGGAGCCAGGUCUUUAAAAAAGAAUCGAAUAAACAAACCUUAUACUCAAUCCUGUUCUGGAGCAGGAGCCAGUGCAGCGAUGAGGUGAGAUCCUCCCUCCUACUGGUCCCAGUGAGCGGCAGCGUUCUGCAGCAGCUGCAAACGAGACGGUGAUGAAAACAUAUUAGUGCAACAUCUUCCAAUAAUCUUUUUUCAGAGAUUUCAUUCUUUCUCUUGCCAGUUUUGAAAAACGUAUAUUGAAAUAAACUCAUGUUCUCAAGGUAAGGAAUAUUGUAGUUACCUGUCAUAUUCAGUUUAAUACCUGCAUCCUGCCAUGUAUGUUAUUGCAGAUUAUAUCACAUGCAUUCCUCUCCGAUUGGAAUAUGAAGUGCCGAUUUGAUGCUCAGGGAAUUUGACACAGGUCUGUAAUUCAUGAUUAACUGUGAGCAGCUAAAUCCAAAGAGCGCCCCCACCCUGCUGCCUGUCCUCUCAGCUGCACCUUGAAUUGUUCUCUUAUUGUGAUAUGCAAAAAAUCUCUGUUUCUAAAAAACAAUAUUACUCCUCAUACACUGCCAGUAUCCAUUUUUUGUAUUGGUUAGGCAGUAAAAAUGUAACCCUGUGUUAAAACAUGUUUAUUUGUAUACGUGUGAACUAAUUGAAUAUGUAACUUGGAUACAUUAUCCAGCUGAUAAAUACGCAAAGCAGCACCGGGCUAAUUCAGAAAAAGAUUCUAAUUGUUUUUACUCCAAAGCGAUCUCCUUUUUCUAGAGUGAGAAAAGUUCCGUUGCAAGAUUUAUUCCAAAAAACCUCCGCUUGUACACUUUACAACCUGGAAUGCAAACUUGUAUAGACAUUACUCUCUGAUCAAAUAAAAAUCUAUGCCGAUGUAAAAAA